GUUGAUUUCGUCUAGUUGACCAAACGCACUCACCGAGUGACUCGAGCGAAAAUGUGUUUAAAGAAUAUUAUACUACUGUCAUUGACUGCAGCGAUCGUUUCAGCCAUCACCGGCCCAGAACUCGAUCCUAAAUCUAUUGAUUGGAACGUAGUCAGGACGUUUCGCGAAACGGACAAAUAUCGAGCUAAGUUUGGUCUUCCUCUACUGAGUGACGAUGAAAUACGUGCAUCUCGCAUAUCCGGUGGAGAGAUCGCUGGUCCAACCGAUAUUCCGUGGGCUGCCGGGGUGCUCAUUCACGGAGGAACAUCCGGGCACAGUUUCUGCAGUGGUGUUCUAAUAUCUAGCAGAUUUGUUCUAACUGCUGCCUUGUGUAUAGCCGGGGAAGACACGGUAACUGUAGCAUUGAAUGCUGCCAACAUGGGUAAUAUUGAAACCCUGAUCAGUGUAUCCCACGUACUGCUCCAUCCCGACUACAGCUGGUUUUUGAAUAAAGAUGACAUUGCCAUUCUGACGUUGAGUCGGGACGCGCCGAUAGAUGGUGCUACGAUUCGUCCGAUUCAGAUGCCGCGUCGAUCCGACGUGGGUAAUAGCUUCGUGGACUGGAUGGCAACCACUGCCGGCUGGGGUAACACUGGUAAUCGGGACAACGAACCAAUCCCGACACAAUUCCUGCAGUAUGCUGUUGAUUCCGUUACCUCCAAUCUUCUUUGUCAACUUUCUUACUUGUGGGUUAGGAGUACCCAUAUCUGUGUGGCAACUAACAACGGUGGACCCUGUAAUGGCGAUGAAGGUGCUCCUGUGACCGUCCAGGAAGCUGGCCGAACCUAUCUGAUUGGUAUUCAUUCGUACCACUUCAACGGACUAUUUGGGUGUGAUCGUGGGCGAUCGGCGGUAGCUACUCGUAUUACCGAUUACAUUGAUUGGAUAGCGGAAAACUCCGACGUCGUAAUUCCUGAAUCUAGCAGGAUGCGAUUUUGGAUAAUUCUAGUGCUUUCUUCGGCGGUGCUUUCGAGUACUGUAUCUGCAGUAGCGUCAUCAUCGUCGCGCAUAUCUGGCGGUACCAUUGCCACACCUACCGUUAUCCCAUGGGCUGCUGGAGUUCUCAUCCACGGAGGAACUUCUGGUCAUGACUUCUGCAGUGGUGUGCUGAUCUCCAGCCGAUUUGUGCUGACCUCGGCUAAUUGUAUCUCUGGCGCAAACAUGGUAACAGUUGCAUUGAAUGCCGCUGAUAUGACCAACAUCGGAACGCUGAUUGGGGUAUCGAAUGUUCUGAUUCACCCGAAUUUCAGUUGGCUGCUAGGACGGGAUGACAUUGCCAUUCUAACGCUGAACCAAGAUGCUCCCAUUGAUGAUGUAACGAUUCGCCCUAUUAUGAUGCCACGCCGAUCGGACGUUGGCAAAAGCUUCGUUGACUGGACAGCAACUACUGCUGGUUGGGGAAAUACCGGAAAUCGUGACAAUGAACCGAUUCCAACGCAAAACCUUCAAUUCGCCGUAGAUACAGUAACGUCCAAUUUGGCGUGCCAAUUAUCGUACACCUGGGUGAGAAGUACGCACAUCUGUGUGGCUACCAAUAAUGGAGGACCGUGCAACGGCGACGAAGGAGGUCCGGUGACUGUUCGGGAAGCAGGCCGAACCUACCUGAUUGGCAUUCAUUCGUUCCACUUCAAUGGAAUCCGCGGAUGCGAUCGUGGCCGAUCGGCAGUACACACACGAAUUACCGAGUAUCUGGACUGGAUCGAACAGAAUUCAGAUGUUGUAGUACCACAAUAGGCCAGUAAAAGGAUUUAGUAGUAUUCAGUUGUAUCGCUUCAAUUUCAAUGCGCAAUGUUUCAUGGAAUAUAAUUUAUAAUUUUAAUCGACUAUGGUGCACGCUAACUUGUUGUUAGAUGAUAGCAUUGAUUCAGUUCAAUGAUAAAAUAAAGGAUAAUCUGGCUAU